UAAUUCGCAUGCUAGUGAUGUCCAAAUUAAAGGACCAUGCUCAAAUUUGGUUGCACUCUUCGGAACGUUUGCUGACUUUGCCGGUUCAAGAACUUCUAUUUCAACUUGGUGAAGCUUUCCACGGUAAGGAGAGCAAAAUAAUAUCUCGACGCAAGUUUCAAGAGCGCAAGUGGAAACCGUCGGAAGAUUUCUCCACAUACUUCAAAGAAAAAACGCUGUUGGCUACACAGAUUCGAAUAGACGAUGAGGAGCUAAUCGACAACAUCAUUGAAGGGAUUCCCGACUCCCUUCUACGACAACAGGCACACAUGCACUGUUUUAAUUCGUCUGCGCAGAUGUUGCACGCAUUUGCCAAGGUCUCGUUACGUAAACCGCUACUUUCUCCGGCUGGACGUGUUAAGGUUUCGUUCGAUAAGGAACCUGGUUCGGCGCCUCCAAAAAGGUGCUUCAAUUGCAAUGCUGUUGGGCAUUUCGCCGCCGACUGCCGCAAGCCCAAGCGCGAGUAUGGAGCCUGCUACGCAUGUGGCAGUAAGGAUCAUCUGGUGUACAACUGCACUGAGAGGAAGUUCGUAUCCGACAACGAAUAUAAUGCCUAAUCGAUUCUGGAAGUCCAAUUAGUUUCAUAAAGAAGUCAUACGUCGAAAAAAUUUUGAAAAAGGAAGAUAUUACGUUAAAUGGAAAGAUUCUUAAAAAUUAUUUUGGCUUAAACGGUAGCCCUUUAGAUAUAAUUGGAAAAAUAUCAUGUUUCGUUAUUAUCAAUAAAGAAAUUCUAAAUUUUGAGUUACUAAUUGUGACAGACAGAUCGAUGGCAUAUGGAACAGUUUUGGGAAGAGAUUUUAUGAAAAUUAGUAAUUUUAAGAUUGUUAGGGAAAAAGAUAGUUCAAAUGAUAGACAUUGCGAAAAUGAUUGUUUAAAUGAUAGAAACUUUGAAAAUUUUAUUGCAAAUGAUAGACAUUGUGAAAAUGAUCGUUCAAAUGAUAGAAAUGUUGAAAAUUUUAUUGCAAACGAUAGAUAUUGUGAAAAUUAUGAUUCAAAUUCCGGAA